UUUUAUAUUUUUUAUUUUUGCUCAAUUAGUUGUCAUAAUAUAUAAAUAAAAAAAAAGUUCAAACUCUCACAAACAAUCCAAGAUUGUGUGUCUCUCUCCAAUUUCUAAUUUCUUAGAAUAAAAAUGGGAGAAAUUGAUUGGUGGUGCACAUGGAUUAUUAUUAUUAUUAUUCCUUUUACAAUCACAAUUAUAUUAAUUUUUCUUAUUAAUAUUUAUUUACAAAAAGAAAAUUCAAAAUUGGCCAAAACUAAACACAAUAAAUUGCCACCAGGAAGAAGAGGUUGGCCUUUGAUUGGUGAUAGUUUCAAUUGGUAUAAUUCUGUUGCAAGUUCACACCCUCCUACUUUUGUAGAACAACAAGUCAAAAGGUUUGGAAAAAUAUUUUCGUGUAGUUUGUUUGGAAAAUGGGCUGUGGUGUCAGCUGACCCGAGUUUUAACCGAUUUGUUAUGCAAAACGAAGGGAAGUUGUUCAAAUCAAGUUACCCUAAAUCGUUUCGGGAUUUGGUUGGGAAAAAUGGGGUAAUAACGGUUCAAGGAGAGCAACAAAGGAAACUUCAUGGAAUUGCUUCUAAUAUGAUGAGACUUGAGAAGCUUAAGUUUCAUUUUUUGGAAGAUAUUCAAAGGGUUAUGGCUAAAACUCUUAAUAGUUUUCAACAUAAUCAACUCAUUCUUCUUCAAGAUGUUUGCAGAAAGGUGGCUAUUAAUCUAAUGGUGAAUCAAUUAUUGGGAGUAACAAGUGAAAGUGAGAUUAAUGAGAUGGCUAAUUUGUUCUCUCACUUUGUUGAUGGUUGUCUUUCUCUACCUAUAAAUUUACCAGGUUGCCCUUAUCACAUUGCUAUGAAGGCAAGAGAGAAGAUAAUUAAGAAGAUAAACAGAACAAUAAAGAUGUAUAGAGAAGAAGGAUCAAUGGAAGUGAGUAUGAGUAAUGGUGUUUUAGCAAGAUUAUUAGAGGAAGAAAGUUUACCAGAUGAAGCUGUUGCUGAUUUCAUUAUCAAUCUUCUCUUUGCUGGAAAUGAAACCACUGCUAAAACUAUGCUUUUUGCUAUCUAUUUUCUUACUCAUUCUCCACAAGCUUUGAAACAGUUACUGGAUGAACAAGAGAGCUUGAAAAGUUGUACUUCUGGUGAUGAUGAUGAAGAAAUGCUUACAUGGCAAGACUACAAAGCAAUGUCUUUUACUCAAUGUGUUAUUGAUGAAACUCUUAGAUUAGGUGGGAUAGCUAUAUGGUUGAUGAGAGAGGCCAAAGAAGAUGUCAAGUACCAAGAUUAUGUUAUCCCCAAAGGGUGCUUUGUGGUACCAUUUCUUUCUGCAGUACAUUUAGAUGAAAAAGUGUACAAUGGAGCUCUUGAUUUUAAUCCAUGGAGAUGGAUGGAACCUGAAAACCAGGAAAAGAGAAAUUGGAGAAAUAGUCCAUUUUAUGCUCCAUUUGGAGGGGGUGCUAGAUUUUGCCCGGGAGCCGAGUUAGCUCGCCUUCAAAUCGCUUUCUUCCUUCGUUACUUUGUUACUACAUAUCGGUGGACACAAAUGAAAGAAGAUAGAAUGUCUUUUUUUCCUUCUGCCAGACUUGUAAAUGGUUUCCAAAUUCGCUUAAUGAGACGACAUGUAGAAGAUGAAGAAUGAAGAUGAAAUAUACUUAUUUUCUUUUUUUUUUUUUUUUUCUUUUUACAUUUCAUUUUGUUUUUCUUUUGAUGUACAAAAUUGCUUUAAUUUUUGUCAAACAACAAAGAUUUCAAAAGAUGAUGUAAAAAGUUCAACUCUUCCCCCUUAUGAUCUUAUAUCUUGGGAGGUAUUUUUGUUUUGUUUUUCUUGGUUUUGCUCAUGUGGCUAUUUCCAAGAUAAAAGUAUGAUAAGUUUAUUUUUAUUGUGUCAAAUAAUAAAUAAUAGUAGUCUCAUCAUAGCACUUCAAGAUCACAAAUUUAUCUUCUUUUGCUAAGUUAAUCAUUAUGCAGGGCUAAUUUUAAGGGUAAAUAAGUGAGGCAUGCGCCUCAAGCUUCAAAACGUUAAGGGCUCAAAAAUUUUGAAAAAAAAUAUAUUAAUAUGUAAAUAAAAUAUUAAAUAAUAAGAAAAUAUUACAAAUAUAAGUUGGUGCAGUGGUAAAUAAUCUUACUCUAAAAUAAAAGAUUAAUGGUCAAUUCACAAUCUCUACUUUUCUAUUUUUUUCAAAAUAAAAAUUAAUGUGUAGAUGAAGGAUUGAACUUUGAACUCUUAAGAGUUUUACAAUUUUUUACCAUUACACCAAAGCCCUAGUAUUAUUGUUUUGAUAAUAAUUAAAUAUAUAUAGGGAUUUUAAAAUUUAAUUUUAUCUUAAGCUCCAUAUACUUAUGUGAUAGUGUAUCUGAAGUUAAUAGUAGACCCAAAACAUUGCACACUAAGGACUACAUAUAUUAAAUAAAAAUAAAAAUUGUAAAUGUGAAAUUUUUUAUAUGAAAAUGAUCACAUAAAUACAAGAAUUUACAUAAAAUAGACUAAGUUGUAAGGAUAAUAAGAGAAUACCUUUUGUUUUGAUAUGUGUUCUUUUAUGUAUUGUGACUUUUUUAAAAAUAUUGAAUUUUUAAUAGCUAAACUCUUUUAAUUAUUAUUUCACUUGAAUUUAAUUAUCCAAACACAAAUUUUGACGAUAAAAUUCUCUAAAUUAUUGAAUUGGAAGAAAGUUUAAGAAAUGUAUCAUCCGGUUAAGUGUCAUUAUAGACUCCUUAUGUAUACAUUUUUGUAUAUAUGUGACAUGUUUAUAUUGGUACACCUAAUAUUAUAAUCUAAAAAUUAUUUCAAAAUUUAUUUUAAAUUUAAAUAAAAUUAUAAAAUAUCUAAAAAAUAAAAAAUAUUAUAAAUUUUGAAAUAAUUUCUAAAUAAUAAUAUUAAGUGUACCAAUAUAAACAUGUCACAUGUACAAGAGUAUACACAUAAGCAGUCCAUGAUGACUGUUAACCGAAUGACACCUUAAAUUUGCUAACAAUUCAGUAGUUUAAAAAGUUUUACCGUCAAAAUUUAAACUUGGAGGAUUAAAUACAAGUAGAACGAUAGUUAAAAAGAGAGAAAUGCUGAAGGGUACCAGUGGUGCCUAGCA